AUGAGUUCGAGUUCUAUCACAUCCGGUGGCGUAGGUGAGCGUGGUGUGCCGUCCAAGUGUGCGUGUGGCUUAGAUGUGAAGAUAUUUACAUCUAAAACUCAAGAGAACCCGGGACGACCAUUCUUUCGUUGUGUAAGCAAACGAGAUGUCAAUACGUGGACAAGCAAAAGGGAUUGGGUGGAGGAUGCCGUGUUUGAAGAAGUACAAGAUGCCUUACCAAGACUAUCCAUAAUUGCAAAUGAGAUUAGCAAAAUCAAAGCAGAGGUCAAUGAGAUAGAUGCUAUGGCAAGGAAAUCAGAAGACCUUUAUGUUAGGUUAUCAAAAAGAGCUUAA